CUGCGCCCGAGCCCCGAGAAUCCGCCGCCACCGCGCAGGUUCCCGCGGCCGGCCGCCCUCGCCCCACAGGUAGGAGCCGCGCCGCGGCUGGGGCGCGCAGAGCUCCCGCGGGAGCCGGUUUCCGCUGCGCUCGCGCACCGUCCCUCCUCCCGCCAGCCUCGGGCAGCUGGCCGCUCCCCGCCCAACUUGGACGGAACCUUGGCAGUGGCGUCGGCGGCGGGCGCCAGCUUCGUGCGGCCUCGCGGGAGCGGCCUCCCUGGCAGCCUCCGGGGUCCUCCUGUGCACGCCUUCGUCCCGGGUUCCUGCAGAGUCGACGCUGACAACUUCGGCGCUCACUCUUGCCGGGGCGGGCGGCUGUGUGGCGCGCAGAGCCGCGCUGUCUCCGGGCCGAAGUUGGGGGCGUCCUCUGCAGGAUGUGCCCAUCUCCCUCGCCGCGGGGGCCCCCAGUACAGUGUGUCCGGUGACCCCAGGUCAUCUCGCGCGCCCGAGGGUUCGCGUGCGCUAUGGGAUGACCGGGAUGGCGGGCGCGAUAGGACCAGCAUCCCGGACCAACCAGGAAGUGCUGCGUUCCGAGGCUUGGAGCCCAGCCCGCCAGAUGAACGGUCCCGGGCGUGUGGCCACACAGCUGCCCGCUGCGGGGCCCACGAAGUGAUGACGCCGGGGUCGGGCAGGGCAAGGUGGGGGGCAAGGAGCUGGGCGUGUGUGAAGGGACUUGUUUUUCUCGCUCCAGCUCCAGCCAACAUGUCACUGAAAGAUGAGCCAAGAGUAAAUACCUCUGCACUGCAGAAAAUUGCUGCUGACAUGAGUAAUUUGAUAGAAAAUCUGGACACGCGGGAGCUCCACUUUGAGGGAGAGGAGGUGGACUACGAAGUGUCUCCCAGCGAUCCCAGGAUACGGGAAGUGUAUAUCCCUUUCUCUGCUAUUUAUAAGACUCAAGGAUUUAAGGAGCCUAAUACACAGACGUAUCUUUCCGGCUGUCCAAUAAAAGUUCAAGUUCUGGAAGUGGAGCGCUUAACAUCUACAAAAAGGGUACCAAGCAUCAAUCUUUACACUAUUGAAUUAACACAUGGGGAAUUUAAAUGGCAAGUUAAGAGGAAGUUCAAGCACUUCCAAGAAUUUCACAGAGAGCUGCUCAAGUACAAAGCCUUUAUCCGAAUCCCCAUUCCCACCAAAAGACACACAUUUAGAAGACAGAAUGUCAAAGAAGAGCCUCGAGAGAUGCCAAGUUUGCCCCGUUCAUCUGAAAACAUGAUCCAAGAAGAACAGUUGUUUGGUAGAAGGAAACAACUAGAGGAUUACUUGACAAAAUUACUAAAAAUGCCCAUGUAUAGAAACUAUCAUGCAACAACAGAAUUCCUUGAUAUAAGCCAGCUGUCCUUCAUCCAUGAUUUGGGACCAAAGGGCAUAGAAGGUAUGAUAAUGAAAAGAUCCGGUGGGCACAGAAUACCAGGCUUGAACUGCUGUGGUCAGGGAAGGGCCUGCUACCGGUGGUCCAAAAGGUGGUUGAUAGUAAAAGAUUCCUUUUUACUAUAUAUGAAACCAGACAGUGGUGCUAUUGCCUUCGUACUGCUGGUAGAUAAAGAAUUCAGAGUUAAGGUGGGAAAGAAGGAGACGGAGACAAAAUAUGGACUCCGAAUUGAUAAUCUUUCAAGGACACUGAUUUUAAAAUGCAACAGCUAUAGACAUGCUCGGUGGUGGGGAGGGGCUAUAGAAGAAUUCAUCCAUAAACAUGGCCCCAACUUUCUCAAAGAUCAUCGAUUUGGGUCUUAUGCUGCUAUCCAAGAGAACACUUUAGCUAAAUGGUAUGUUAAUGCCAAAGGAUAUUUUGAAGAUGUGGCGAAUGCAAUGGAAGAGGCCAAAGAAGAGAUUUUUAUCACAGAUUGGUGGUUGAGUCCAGAAAUCUUCCUGAAACGUCCGGUGGUUGAAGGAAAUCGUUGGAGGUUGGACUGCAUUCUUAAGCGAAAAGCACAACAGGGGGUGCGUAUCUUCAUUAUGCUCUACAAAGAGGUGGAACUUGCUCUUGGAAUCAAUAGUGAAUACAGCAAGAGGACUUUGAUGCAUCUACACCCCAACAUAAAGGUGAUGAGGCACCCAGAUCAUGUGUCAUCCAGUGUAUAUCUGUGGGCUCAUCACGAGAAACUCAUCAUCAUCGACCAGUCGGUUGCCUUUGUGGGUGGGAUUGACCUGGCCUAUGGAAGGUGGGAUGACAACGAACACAGACUCACGGACGUGGGCAGCGUGAAGCGCGUCAUCGGGGCACCUUCUCUGGUUUCCCUCACAGCUGAAACAACAGAGUCUAUGGAAUCCUUAUGCCUCAAAGAUAAAAACGAAUCUAACAAAAAUCUGCCUGUCCUGAAGACUGUUGAUGAUGCAGAUUCAAAACUGAAAGGAAUAGGAAAGCCCAGAAAGUUCUCCAGAUUCAGCCUCUACAGGCAGCUGCACAGACACCACCUACGCAGCACAGACAGCAUCAGCAGCAUUGACAGCGCCUCCAACACGGGCUCCAUCCAAAGUUUGCAGACGGGUGUGGGAGAGCUACAUGGGGAAACCAGAUUCUGGCAUGGAAAGGACUACUGCAAUUUUGUCUUCAAAGAUUGGGUUCAACUUGAUAAACCUUUUGCAGAUUUCAUUGACAGGCACUCCACCCCCCGGAUGCCAUGGCAUGACAUCGCCUCUGUAGUCCACGGGAAGGCUGCUCGCGACGUGGCCCGUCACUUCAUCCAGCGCUGGAACUUCACGAAGAUUAUGAAACCAAAAUAUCGGUCCCUUUCUUAUCCUUUUCUGCUUCCAAAAUCUCAAACAACAGCCCAUGAGUUGAAACACCAAGUGCCUGGGUCUGUCCAUGCUAAUGUACAGUUGCUCCGUUCUGCUGCUGAUUGGUCUGCUGGUAUAAAGUACCAUGAAGAGUCCAUCCACGCUGCUUACGUCUAUGUGAUAGAGAACAGCAAGCACUAUAUCUAUAUAGAAAACCAGUUUUUCAUAAGCUGCUCUGAUGACAAAGUUGUGUUCAACAAGGUUGGCGAUGCCAUUGCUCAGAGGAUACUGAAAGCUCACAGGGAAAGCCAGAGAUACCGGGUUUAUGUUGUGAUACCACUUCUGCCAGGUUUUGAAGGAGACAUUUCAACCGGUGGAGGAAAUGCUCUACAGGCAAUAAUGCACUUCAACUACAGAACCAUGUGCAGAGGAGAAAAUUCCAUCCUUGGACAAUUAAAAGCAGAGAUCGGCAAUCAGUGGAUAAAUUACAUAUCCUUCUGUGGUCUUAGAACACACGCAGAGCUUGAAGGAAACCUAGUCACUGAGCUUGUCUAUGUCCACAGCAAGUUGCUAAUUGCUGAUGACAACACUGUUAUUAUUGGCUCUGCCAACAUAAACGACCGAAGCAUGCUGGGAAAACGGGACAGUGAAAUGGCUGUCAUUGUGCAGGACACGGAGACGGUCCCUUCAGUAAUGGAUGGAAAAGAGUACCAAGCUGGCCACUUCGCCCUAGGACUUCGGCUGCAGUGCUUUCGGGUUGUCCUCGGCUAUCUUUCUGGCCCUAGUGAAGACAUUCAGGAUCCAGUGAGUGACAAAUUCUUCAAGGAGGUGUGGGUUUCAACGGCAGCUCGAAAUGCUACAAUUUAUGAUAAGGUGUUCCGGUGCCUUCCCAAUGAUGAAGUACACAAUUUAAUUCAGCUGAGAGACUUUAUAAGCAAGCCCAUCUUAGCAAAGGAAGAUCCCAUUAGAGCUGAGGAAGAACUGAAAAAGAUCCGUGGGUUCUUGGUACAAUUUCCCUUUUAUUUCCUGUCUGAAGAAAACCUACUGCCUUCUGUUGGAACUAAAGAAGCCAUGGUGCCUACCGAGGUUUGGACUUAAGAGUCAUACUUGUUUGCAACUCAAAGACUUCCACCCUGAAGAGUACAUGUCACACAGUGACUUUCUGGAGACCUAACAGCCAUAGCCAGACCCAGUGCACUCUUGUAUCCAACACUUGGACCCUUUGGGUUGGCUGGGAAGGGCUGUAGUCAUACUGAUAUAAGGACAGUGAAAAUCAGCAAGGCUUUAUAAUUCCUCCUGCCUGUCCCUGUGAAAAAAGGACUGUAUUCGUAGGUAGCAUAUACCCAACAGCUUAAACACAUACUAAAAUUCCAUGAUGUAUACCAAACUGCAUUUUCUUUGCUAACGAGAAUUUACCUGUCACUGUGAUCUACUUUGCCAAAAGUUGUCUGAACCUCCUUAUUUUUCUCUGACCCUCACUUAUGCAAUUGAUGUCUGCUGGACCUGCCUUCCUCUCAUAGUCCAUACAGGCUCUGUUUGAGGUAUUGUCUAUUGCUAGAAGAUGUUGUGAUGCUGCUUCAAGGUUAUUUAAGGUUACAUGGGUUGCUCCUGCCCCUGCCCUUCUGGCCCCGGAGUAGUCGUGUGCACCCAACCAAGGAUGUGGUCCUUAUUCCUUUCCAGUGACUGAAAGGACAGGACAGACCUUAGUCUACACAGCAGCCCAUGUUAGGCACUUCUGACAACAUUGACAGCAUGUAUGUUGACACCACAGAUCAACAGGAAGGAAUUAAAUUCGGUUAUUAAGGCAGAGAUUUCACUUUGCAUCCAAAGGCAUUGAUAAGAUGUGUCCUUUUGAUAGGGCCCACCCUAUCAGAUUUGAAAACGUGUAGGAUAUUUGAUUACACAGCAACCGAUAAAACUCAAAGACACAGCAUGCAGCCUUCAGCAAUCUUCAACGUUUUGGUGGGAAUCUGAUCCAGAUAAGAAAAGAAGAUUUCUUAUAGGCCUGUAAAAUUUCCUGUCAUCCUUAGCUGCUGGAUUGAUUGAAAUUUGAGUUUCUACAUUUCAAAGUCAAACCAGUGAAUACAGCUUGUCUUUCAAGAGAAUCAGGGGCUUCAUAACUCAUGCCAAGUUAAUGAGUAUGAGCCUUAUUUGACAUUCAGCUCGCCAGCUAUGUUACCUUCUUUAAGAAAAACUGUUUGCAAAAUGCAUACAACUUCACUUGCGUUAUUAAAUAUACAUUAACAUUCCACCAGGGUUCCAAAGAGGUUAGGAUUAUUUUUUAAUUCACAUUAUCCUAGUCUGUGAAUUGUUCUGGAAACCCAUUUCUCCUUUUUGGAUGUUAGUGUACAUACCCUUUGGUACCCCAUAGCUCUAAAUUUUUUUUUUUUUUUUUUUUUUUUUUUUUUUUUUGCGGUACGCGGGCCUCUCACUGUUGUGGCCUCUCCCGUUGCGGAGCACAGGCUCCGGACACGCAGGCUCAGCGGCCAUGGCUCACGGGCCCAGCCGCUCUGCGGCCUGUGGGAUCUUCCCGGACCGGGGCACGAACCUGUGUCCCCUGCAUCGGCAGGCGGACUCUCAACCACUGUGCCACCAGGGAGGCCCCCACCAUAGCUCUAAUUUUAUUAAGCAGAACUAUUCUUACAACCUAAAGAACUAAUGUGGGUUCCCAACGGGCCUGAGGCCAUAAAACAUGGUGUAGGUGCAAUGAUUACACCUCUAUGGAUUACCUGGACAGACUCUCAUCCAAAGGAGUAAGGACCCAAUCCCUAUUUUCCUAGAACUGAUAGUCCAGUGGAAAAGGUUAAACAGGAGCACAAAGUCUGUGAACUAGGUUAGUAGGAGAGAGACAGUGUGAUACCCAGGAGGGUUUUACAAAUGAGGUGGAACUAUGCAACCAACAAUGGAAAUGAAUAUGCUUUUAUGGUGGCUGAAGAUAGUAAAAUGACUUCAUUCUAUAGCAGUUGUAAAUAAGACAUUUGCUAUUUAUGAAGUUUAGAUUGGCAUUUAAAGUGUUGAGUGUAUGUGGAAUACCUAAGGAAUUUUCAUGUUUUCUUUUUAAAUUUUUAAAAAAUGUAGAACAGUCAACAAACUGGCUCUUGAAAGGGCCCUUUCUCUUAAAAAAAAAAGUCACUUAAUCCAACCUCUGCCCAUUUUAUAGCUGAGGAAACUGAGACCCAGGUUAAUUGAAGGACUCACUGAAGUUUACCCAUUAGGACCAGUGACAUCGUUGGUCCAUUACUGGCCUCUCCUUUCACUCAUCACAGCCCCAAAAGGAGGAGAUGCAGUAGAUUUCAGACAGGAUGUCUCUAAGCUAUUUUGAACCCUGUGAUAUUAUGUAUUUAUGUGCUUGUCUGUCUCCCCCUACUAGAAUGUAAGCUCCAUGGGGCAGGGACUUUCCUGUGUUUUGUUCUUAGUGUAUCCCCCAAGCCUGAAACGGUGCCUGGCUCGUAGGAGGUGCUCAGUACGUGUUUGUCGGAUGAAUAAAGGAGGUGGAGGAGACAGCUAAUGAAAUGAAAAACUUACGGAGUCUCAGACAAGAAAUCUUCCUGCUGUUGCUAAAGAAACUGUUAGCAAGUUUCUUUUCUACUGCAUCCUCUUAAAGGCAAGAUGCUCAUCUGCAAAGAGAGGGGCUGCAAGAUUUAUUUGGGUGGAUUUUAUGGAAAAUACAGUGCCAUAAUUGCCUGCUUUGCAGUAGCAGUUUACAUAGUGCAGCAUUCUGCAAAAAUUGCAUGGGACACAGGAUUGCCGUGGACACAGGAUAUACCAUAUGGCCUAAUUACCCAUCAUUCUCUGACACCAUUACUACCUAAUAGAAGUUCAGAUAAUUUAUCUUUAACAUCGCAAUGUCUGAUAUAAACAUUAAAAUGCAAGAGAUUCAGUCUUGAAAAGCUAUUUUGAAUCUGUUCAGCAUUUUAAAUUGACUAUAAUCUUUUGAAAUGCCUGUAAGUGCUGUACCUGACACUCUGAUAAUCUCUGUAAUAAUUUUUGCUUUCUAGAAGGAAAAAUUCUAUGAUUAUAAGAAGUGAAGGGUAGAAAGUGGUCAUGGCCUUUUAAAGCUAUUCAGAUUGGCCAAGCUUAGUGGUUGGAGGAUACUAAACACAGCAGGUCGGGUUCAGGCAUUUGCUCUGGAGCAACUGUCCACUCAGGGACUCACCCUUCAGUGGGAUGGCUUUCAUUCUCAGCUGUAAUGCAUCACAGAGAGCUGGUCAUUAGAUAACUGAGUGACAUAUUGUAAAACAAAACAUUGGUUAUAUUUUAAUAGCAUGUUUGGAAGAAAAUUUUGUCUCUAGGUAGUCAAAACCAGAAGCAGUUAAUCUCUUAUGUAAUAACUUGGGAAAUUGUAACAUAUCGUGAAUUAACAUUCUUCCAGGUGAAGGCAGUAAGCCAGGAAGUCUUUUUGCAGAUAUAAGACGACAGGCAGAACAGAUUUUAUAUACAUCAUGGAGAUCCUGCACGUCUUUCUGCCCCUCCCCAUUCCUUAUUCCUUCAACCUCUUUCCCCAACCAGAGCCCUUCCGUAUUAUGGAAACCAUUUUAGAGGACAAGAAAAAGUUCUGGGAAAAAACAACAUUAGGCAUCUAAAAUAAAUCUUCAGUUUAACUCACACUUUUAAGUGAUUGACAAAAUAUUAUCAUUUUUUAACAGAGGUGGUGGUUCUUUUUAGCGUCUCUGAUCUGAUGUGGCACUGGAGGAUUUUCAGAUGCCGGUCACCCUCUGGAGAGGGGCUAAAGAGGGCCCUUCAUGUCUUCUCAUCCCUCUCAAUUCUCCCAUGUAUGAAAAGUGACCAAACGCUAAAGGAUUUUCGGUGUGCUUAGGAAUACAAUUUUAUUUCCUUAGAAGAUCCUCUGAAGUCAAUUACUACUGGCAACUUGGAGGUUUAAAAUGGGUUUUACCAGGCAUAGGCCUUGAGAAAUUCUUGAAUCUAGAAAUUCACUGGAAAAGGAAUUCAUCGCCCUCUAUCCAAAAGUUGCAGGUGAAGAAUCGAUGGAUUCGCAUUAUGUUUAGGGGGAGGCAGAUGCCACAAUAUGAUUCCUAGUGGCAUUUAAUUCACAUGUGAUAUAUUAUUGGCUUUGACUGCAGAGUGGAAGGAUUCAUUAAAGGAAACAAAAAUUCUUUGGCUUAAUAUAUUAUAGGUUAUUUUCUUUUUUCCUUUAUACCAGUAUUAAAUUUUAACUUAAAAAGUAAUCAAAGUAAGAUAAAUGGAAAUUUGUCACACUAAUCAUUUUAAACUUUUAAGUUUUAAAAUCAGAGACUGGGAUUGCAAUCCAACCAAAAGGCAGACUUAAUUACUCUUUCUAUUCCCUAGCAGCUCUAGUUGUUUGCUUUAUUCUAGAUAAAUGCACUUAAGUGAAUGUUGUACUAGCUCUGCUCAGCAUUAGGAAAUGUAACAUCAUGCUCUCCUAAUGUAUAUUCCACUUGGAUUCUUCCCAUAAAAUUGUCUGAGUCAAAGGUACUGAUAUUCUCCUCAGCCAUUCUAAAAAUUCAUACCAAAGUAUUGCAGUUGGAGCACAUGUCUCUGAUGCAAAAACCAGAUACUUGCUGGUGAACAUCCAUCCAUUCAGAAUAUUCAGAUAUUCUGGACAGAGCUCAGGCCCUAGCCUCACCCUUAUGGCAGGCUUUGGCAAACUAAGGCUGGGCCUCCUGUUUUUGUAAAUAAAGUUUUAUUUGAAUGUAGCCAUGUCCAUUUGUUUACAUGCCUCAUGACCAAAUGAGCUGCAAAUCUGAGAAUACUUGCCAUCCUUAAGAAACGUUUACUGAUCCUCCCUCUAGAGAGAGCAAAGAAUAUCCAAUUACGGUGCCUCAACCAAACAGGUUUGGGUGAGUUCUAAUCUCUUCCAUAAGCAAGAUUUUCAACUCUCCAUAUCCCAGAGCCCAGCAUUCUACAAUAGAUUUAUUCUAACAAGGUCAAGUCCUUUCAAGAAUGAAAAAUCACAUGUUUAUUUGUUCUGAAAGAGUUUUUGUCAACUAAAGCAAUCUUCUCCCAGCUGAGCACUCAUAUGGAAGCGUGGUUGAUAAUGUUUGUAACUAAAGUGUUAAAUGAGGACAGAUAGACCUAACGAUUUGUAUUCAGAAGGACAAUUGUGAACUCAAGAAACUCAGUCUCCCUGGAUUUUCCUUCUGGGAAGCCUUGGAAAUGAUACGUGUAUCCAUUCUCUGCCUCACAGUCAAUGCUUUUGAUGCCAAGUCCCUUAACUGCUUUUUUUAAUGUAAAUAUUCAUUAAUUAAACAAUUAAAAGUGUGCAAUUGGC